AUGGAGUUUGCUAUGGUAGGCGCAGACAGUGGUGGAUGCAAUAGCCACCUGCCUUAUGGAUAUGCCCAAGCUCGAGCCAGGGAGAGGGAGCGGGAGAGGGAGAGACAGUCGCGAGCGGCAGCAGCGGCGGCUGCUGAGGCUGGAUCGGUUGGAGAGGGAGGUGGGUCCUCUGGCUAUCCCUACAACCAGCAGCAACAGCAGCAGCAUCAGAGUCGCACCGCCUCCUCAACGAAUGCCAACAACAGUGGCGGCGGGACCGCCUCGCGCCCCUCCUCCUCCUCCUUUCAACACCCGCAACAGCAGCAGCAACACCACGAGCCACAACAGCAACUUCUCAGAGAGCGAAAAAAGCAGCGAGGCGUCGGGCGCUGGAGACGGAAUCGAGCGGCUCUUGGUGGGGAUCUACGCCACUCAGAGUUGGCGCUUCUAGGAUCCGAGGAGGACAUUAUGAUUGAGGAAGAGGAGGCAGAAGGCGAAGAGGAAGAGGAGGACAGGGGAAGCAAGAGAUCAAGUUUUUUGUAUAAUAUGGAUGAUGAAGAGGAGACUGUCUCUCUAACGGACAGACGCCCCCAAUCAGGAUAUGAAAAUGUUUACAGUGAGUACGGGUGUUGCGAGAGAGUUGUAAUUAAUGUGUCGGGUUUGAAGUUUGAGACUCAACUGAAGACCCUGUCACAGUUCCCAGACACUCUCUUGGGGGACCCCGAAAAAAGAAUCAGGUACUUCGACCCUCUCCGGAACGAAUACUUUUUUGACAGGAAUCGACCAAGCUUCGACGCCAUUCUUUACUAUUACCAAUCAGGGGGACGGUUAAAGAGACCCGUCAAUGUACCUUUUGACAUCUUCUCGGAGGAAGUCAAGUUCUACGAACUCGGGGAAGAGGCAAUGCUGAAGUUUCGGGAGGACGAGGGCUUUGUGAAAGAGGAAGAGAAACCCCUUCCAGAGGACGAAUUUAAACGUCAAGUUUGGCUCUUGUUUGAGUAUCCUGAAAGCUCAAGUCCAGCUAGAGGGAUUGCAGUUGUAUCUGUUUUGGUUAUCGUCAUAUCAAUUGUCAUUUUCUGUUUAGAAACAUUGCCAGAGUUCAGGGACGACAAAGAAUUUCUCAGCCCAGGUAACAAUUCGACACACUCGGACAGUGGGUUCACACCAUUCAACGAUCCAUUUUUCAUCGUGGAAACGGUAUGCAUCAUUUGGUUUUCUUUUGAGAUAAUCGUCCGAUUUUUUGCCAGCCCGAGCAAAGCUGCUUUCUUUAAAAACAUUAUGAACUCAAUUGACAUUGUAUCCAUUUUGCCUUAUUUCAUAACUCUUGGCACAGAUCUUGCUCAACAGCAAGGCAACGGGCAACAGGCAAUGAGUUUUGCAAUUCUGAGAAUAAUCCGACUUGUCAGAGUCUUUCGCAUCUUCAAACUCUCCAGGCACUCCAAAGGACUUCAGAUCCUCGGACAUACACUGCGCGCCAGCAUGAGAGAGCUUGCGCUGCUCAUUUUCUUCCUCGUUAUUGGUGUCAUCUUGUUCUCCAGCGCCGUGUACUUCGCAGAGGCAGACGAGCCCACAUCGCAGUUCACCAGCAUCCCAGAUGCCUUUUGGUGGGCUGUAGUAACCAUGACUACGGUUGGAUACGGGGACAUGAAACCCAUAACGGUGGGUGGAAAAAUAGUAGGUUCGCUGUGCGCCAUAGCUGGUGUCCUCACCAUAGCGCUCCCUGUGCCCGUAAUCGUGUCCAACUUUAAUUACUUUUACCACCGGGAGACGGAUAAUGAGGAUCAGACACCCAUCGUCGAGCAUCCGCCGCCAGGCUGUCCAUAUUUCCCAGACUUUCUGAAGAAAUUUAAGGGGUCUCCCUCGGGAUCCUCUCUGGGCGAUAAAGCUGCUGAAUACAUGGAGAUGGAGGAAGGAGUAACUGAAUCUUUGUGCGGCGUAGACAAGCAAAGCCCCAGUAGAGGAAACGGAACUGGCAUUGGCAGGAAAAGCAGUACUAAUUCUAGAACACUUCAAACGGAUGUAUGA